AUGGCCAAAAUGCAAGCUAAUCCCUUUAACUCGAUCCACUGCAUAUUCGGCUGCGGAAAUAAUUGUGGCGAUUGCUGCGCGACUUGUUUUUGUCCGUGUGUUACUUUCGGUCGGAUUGCAGAGAUCGUGGACCGAGGCUCUACCUCCUGCGGAACUAGUGGAGCACUGUAUGCACUGCUACAAUGGUUUACGUGCCUUCACUGUGUAUACUCGUGCGCUUACAGAUCAAAGCUGAGAGCCCAGUACAACUUGGGGGAAUCUCCUUGCAACGACUGCUUUGUUCAUUGCUGCUGCGAGCCCUGUGCUCUGAGCCAAGAGUAUAGAGAGCUCCGAAACCGAGGAUUUGAUAUGUCAAUAGGGUGGCACGCAAACAUGGAGAGACAAUUCAUGAUGACUGAACCUCCAGUUACCCAAGGUGGUAUGAUGCGUUGAGCUUUGAUAUUGCCUUCAUUGCGCAUGAUGGGUCGUGUUAAUUAGUUUAUGUAUACAUGCAUAACAUAUGUAGUAAUAUUUGUAGAAAUGUUAAAGAUGGAUAUAUAAUAUUUGAGAGGAGG